AAUACAACUAAAGCAAAGCAUCUUCUGCGCCAGAAAAGAAAAAUCCUUGUUGAGAAAGAUGAUGGCUAAUGAAAAGCCUGAAGCUUUGGUGGCCCGGAAUGAAGAGCUCAUCAAGAGAGCUUACUCUGAGGCCAUGAAGGCUCAUAAGUCAAAAGAGAAAUUCCUGAGAAAACCUAGUGCUGAAGUUAUUAUUUACAGCUUUCCGGGAUCUUGGUCCGUCACAGGUUGGUAUGGCGACAAAAGUACAUUUGGAGAAAAGGAAAUUGAUCUUCAACUUUUCCCUUCAAUGAGAAGUUUUUGCAACGACAAAAAUGCACAAGUGAAUGAAGCUUUUGAGAGUAGACUCAAGUCAAUAUUGGAGAAGCUUGAACGAAAGGUACAAAAGGAUGCAGAAGAGAAGAAGCAAAUAGUAUUUACAGGGCAUUCUUCAGGGGGUCCAAUUGCUGUUCUAGCCACAAUCUGGUUGUUGGAAAAAGCUAGAAAACAAAACAUCAAUAUCUCAACUCCUCCACUCUGUGUCACUUUUGGAUCUCCUCUAGUAGGAAACCAUAUCUUUGCUCAUGCUCUCCGGAGACAGAAUUGGUCCAACCACUUCAUCCAUUUCGUUACGAGAUUCGACAUUGUCCCUCGAGUCUUUCUUGCUCCUCGUCCGACCAACAUACAACAUUUUGAAACAAUCCUCAAAUCCUUGAGUGGACGAUCAAAAGUACCAGACCAAUUGGCUCAAGAUUACUUCGAGGAAGUGAUGAGGAAUGUGUUGACUCUUACAAGCCACGUUGCUUGUAAGCUCAUGGAAAACACAAAUCUGCUGCUGGAAACUUUGACGAGCUUCAUCGAGCUAAGUCCUUACAGACCUUUUGGGGUUUAUGCCUUCUCCGAUGGGCCAAAAAAGCUUGUCACUUUGGACAACUCCAACGCUGUUUUGCAGCUCUUGUUUUACUCUUGUCAGCCGAGUGUGGAGACUGAAGUUUCGGAUAUUGCCAAAAGAAGCUUGGAAGAUCAUCAUACCUACGAAACUCAACUGCAAACCUGUCAUAAAGACUACAACUCAGGUGGCGCAAUGAAAUCAGAUACUUACCAGAUGGAUACGAUAAACAAGGCUGCGGAUGUCUUUGAACUGAGUACAAGCGGCAGAUUGUGCCUGAUGGCGGCAGGAGAGUUAGAGGAGCAAAAGAAGAGAAACCUAAAAACAGUUGAAGAAAAGUACAUAGAAAUGGAAAAGACAUUGAAAGAUAUAGAGAGUUACAAGACCAAUUGUGAGCUUCACAAACUUGGAUACUAUGAUUCCUUCAAGCACCAAAAGAGCCAAAAGGACUUCAAUGCCAAUGUCAAGAGGCUGGUUAUAGCAGGCAUCUGGGAUGAGAUUCUUGAAAUGUUGAAAGGGUACAAACUCCCCGACGAAUUCGAGGGCCAAGAAAAGUGGAUAGCGCGAGGAACUCGGCACCGCCGCCUUGUCGAGCCACUAGACAUAGCCAACUUCUACAGACACCUCAAGAAUGAAGACACUGGAUCGUACAUGGCAGGAGGCAGACCCAAACGUUACAAGUUCCCUCAACGAUGGUACGAGCAUGAUAAACAGAUGGGAGAAGGUGAUAGUGGGGAGUCCUGCUUUUGGGCAGAGGUGGAGGAGCUCUGUAACAAUGGAAACAAGGAUGAGAAAGAUAAGAAGAUUCAAGAACAGAAGGUUGAUAAAGCUAAGAAGAUUCAAGAACGGGUUUUACAGUGGAAGAAAGAUGGUGUUAUAGGAAACGAUGUGUUCUUACGUAAUUCCACCUUUGUUAAGUGGUGGGACUCCCUUCCUUUGCAAAUCAAGGCAAAUGGCAUUGAGCCCCUCGUCCAUGGUUGAUGGUUCUGAAUACUCUUAAAAGAAGUUCGAUUUUACCCUUGUUUAGUAGUACAAUGUACUGAGUAUAUUAUUACGGAGAAGCAAUGAUCUCUAGUACCAAUAUACAAAAAAAAAAAAAACAUUUCAAUAUAUAUAUAUAUAUAUAUAUCUUGAAAGGAGGAUUGUGGUGUCCCUGGCAGGAAUAAGUCCUUUAUGUGGUCCCAGAAA